AUCCUGACCUGAGGGAGCUGUAAGCAAAGAGCACAUCUUUCAAGGCAGCACUACAGACACGAAGAAAAUCUCCUGUUCUUUUCCCUGCUCAGGCAGAAGCGAGGCUUCCAGCAGCAGCGUGACCAGCUCUCCCAUUUUCAGAUCACAGCAGCCAAAAUCCCAGAGGAUACCUUGGGAGCAGGUCGUUGAGAGCGACCUCUAAGCCUUAAAUAAAGCAACUCCCACGCCUCAUUUCCUCCUGAGCAAUGGUUCCCAUUGGCAGGAAGGUUUCUUGCUGUAAGAAGGAGAACCCCGCCACACACCCCCACAGCCCAUCCUGCCCCGCUGCCAGCACUACAAAAGCAGCAGCGUGGCCAGGCAGCUUCAGAGACUGCAGCAGGGCUGCAAGGAGAGUGGGCACUGGAAACAGGAGGAUGAGGAUCCUUAUUGGGAGUCUUUAUUUCUACUUCAUUUCUUUCUUAUUCAGUAAAGUAAAUGGAUUCCUAACUCAGAGAACAUCUCCAGUGUCUUCCUUCCCAUUUUAUAACUACUCUUACUUAAACCUCUCUUCUGUAUCACAAGCACAAGCUCCCAAAACAGCGAGAGCUCUCAACUUCUCAUAUAAUGCAAUUGAAAAAAUAACCAAAAGAGACUUUGAAGGUUUUCAUGUACUGGAAGUUUUGGACCUUUCUCACAAUCACAUUAAGGACAUUGAACCUGGUGCAUUUGAGAACCUGCUCAGCCUUGUUUCUGUGGAUUUAUCAUUUAAUGAUAAGAAUCUUCUGGUAUCUGGUCUUGCACCUCACCUGAAACUCAUACCGACCAGCGGAGCCUCGGGGCCUUCACAGAUUUAUAUGUAUUUUCAAAAAUCAGCAGAGGCUGCUCUGGAGCCUUCUGCACCAGCUGAACUGCUGCCACAUUUGGAAGAUCCACCCAAUCCAGGAAAUGUUAACCCAAGAUUCAGACAAAGAAGAACAGAGGAAAAUAAAACUUCCCCUCCAGCAGCCACGCUGAGGCCUGACUUGUGUGGAGCACCGAUCAAUGGGUUGCUUGACCUAUCAAGGACCAAACUGUCUAAUGAAGAGCUGACAGCAAAAUUGGAUGCAGACCUCUGCCAAGCUCAGCUGGGCACUGUUUUGGAGUUUAACAUUAGUCACAGCGACCUGGAGAUGGAUCUUCUAUCUCUGUUCAUCCUGUUUUUGCCGAUGAAAGAUAUACAGUCCGUUGAUGCCAGCUACAACAGAAUAACAAUUAACAACAUAGACGUUGAAGCAAUCUGUCACUUCCCAUUCAGCAACUUUUCAUUUUUAAAUAUCAGCAACAAUCCCAUCAACAGCCUGGAAACUGUGUGUCUCCCAGCAAGCAUCACAGUCAUUGAUCUGUCCUUCACAAACAUUAGUACAAUACCUGCAAAUUUUGCUAAGAAGUUAUCUAAAUUAGAACGUAUGUAUGUUCAAGGAAAUCAGCUCAUAUAUACCGUACGUCCAGAAAACCCCAGUGCAACCCCAAGGCCUCCCCCUGGAACUGUACAAAUCAGCGCUAUUUCCUUGGUCAGAAACCAGGCUGGUACACCCAUCGAAAGCCUUCCAGAGAGCGUAAAACACCUGAAAGUGUCCAACUGCUCCAUCGUAGAACUUCCAGAAUGGUUUGCCAACAGAAUGCAAGAACUACUAUUUCUGGAUCUCAGCAGCAAUCGGAUUUCCAUGCUUCCUGACCUACCUAUCUCUCUGCAGCAACUUGACAUAAGUAACAGCGAUAUUAAAAUAAUACCCCCUAGGUUUAAAUCUCUCUCCAACUUAACUGUAUUUAAUAUUCAAAAUAAUAAACUUACAGAGAUGCAUCCCGAAUACUUCCCAUCCACUUUAACGACAUGCGAUAUUAGUAAAAAUAAGUUGAAGGUGCUAUCAUUAACCAAAGCCCUAGAGAACCUCGAAUCACUUAAUGUCUCUGGAAACCUAAUAACCAGACUAGAACCUGCCUGCCAACUUCCUUCACUCACUAACCUGGACAGUAGUCACAACCUGAUUUCAGAACUCCCUGACCAUUUGGGGCAAUCUCUCCUGAUGCUGAAGCAUUUUAAUUUAUCAGGGAAUAAGAUCUCCUUCCUGCAGCGCGGCUCCCUCCCAGCUUCCCUGGAGGAGCUGGACAUUAGCGACAACGCCAUCACUACCAUAGUGCAGGAUACUUUUGGACAGUUAACAAGUUUGAGCGUUCUGACUGUUCAAGGUAAACAUUUCUUUUGUAACUGCGACUUGUACUGGUUUGUGAACAUCUACAUCCGUAACCCGCAUUUGCAGAUAAAUGGCAAAGAUGAUCUCAGGUGCAGCUUUCCACCAGACAGACGGGGCUCGCUGGUGAAGAGCAGUAAUCUCACACUUCUGCACUGCUCCCUGGGCAUUCAGAUGGCCAUUACAGCUUGUAUGGCCAUCCUUGUCGUUCUGGUGCUAACGGGCUUAUGCUGGCGCUUUGAUGGGCUGUGGUAUGUGAGAAUGGGCUGGUACUGGUGUAUGGCAAAGAGGAGGCAGUACAAGAAGAGGCCAGAAAAUAAGCCCUUCGAUGCCUUCAUUUCAUACAGCGAGCACGAUGCAGACUGGACGAAGGAGCAUCUACUGAAAAAACUGGAAACUGAUGGAUUCAAGAUAUGUUAUCAUGAGAGAGAUUUCAAACCAGGGCAUCCUGUACUUGGCAACAUUUUUUACUGCAUAGAGAACAGCCACAAAGUCCUUUUUGUUCUCUCUCCCAGUUUUGUAAAUAGCUGCUGGUGUCAGUAUGAACUGUAUUUUGCUGAACACCGGGUCCUGGAUGAAAAUCAGGAUUCCCUCAUUAUGGUAGUGCUGGAAGACCUCCCGCCCGACAGCGUGCCUCAGAAGUUCAGCAAACUCAGGAAGCUGCUGAAAAGAAAAACCUACUUAAAGUGGAGCCCCGAAGAACACAAACAGAAGAUUUUCUGGCAUCAGCUGGCAGCUGUCCUAAAAACAACCAAUGAACCACUGGUGAGAGCAGAAAAUGGACCCAAUGAGGAUGUAAUUGAGAUGGAAUGAGAGACAAGGACUUAUACAGACUGUGCCUGGAAAGUCAGCAGUCAAAUAAAAGUGAUUCCAUGAUUACCUUCUGCAAAGCCUGCUGUGUUGUUAUCCGGAGGGCUGAGACCUGAGCACUGGUAAACAGCCUUUCAUU